GGAGCUGGGGGGGGUGAGAGGCUGCGGGGCUCUGCUGGGGGGUCCCCAGGGGUCCUGGUGCCUUGGGAUGUUUCCUGGAUGGGUUGAACCAGCUGGGGGGCAGCAGGAGGAGGGUUUUGGGGUCUUAAAGGCUGAUGCUUGGAGAAUGAGGCUGUCCCAAAUCCUGCUGGGACUGGGAGUUUCUCCCCUCUUCCUGCUGCCGAGCCCAUGCAAAUCCACGCCGGGGCUGGCUGCACGCAAACCACUCCGGGAAAGGCCGAGGGAAAAAGCUCAGGGCUCCGAGUGUGGGCUUUGGACCCGGAGUUAAAAAGGUCCUCGGCUCCGCUCUGACCCCGAAGCUGAAGCUUCCUCGGAGGGCAACCCAAGCAAACAAGAUGAGGUCGGGUUAAGCCUGGGACCGACAAAAACGCUGCUGUCAUCUGGUUUUGCUGGACGUUCGGGAAGAGGAGAAGAGAAAAACAGUUUAUCUUUGGGAUAAAUAAAACGGGAGAGGGCCGGGCUUGCGGUCAGAAGCCUUGAACUGGGGCGAGGCCGGCUUGGUCGGGCUCCAGCUGCCCCCGCAGCCUCUGAUGUGCCCCAAAACCCCGCGGGCCGGGAGCCCCCUCGCCGUGCCGGGCACCUCCGUGGGAACGGCGCCGUCGGCAGCACGCGGCUCUGAAACCCGAGAAGAAAGUGGAAGGCAAAGCAGCUCUGAGCAAACACCCGCGUGAAUUCACUGCCCCGCAUUGUACGAGCCCAGCCAGACGAAACAAAGCGUCCACGGGGAUGAAAACAGCCCCAAAUUCACCCAAAAGCCCCCAAAACCCGAGCGAGGCUACGCCGGCAGCAGCGGGCUCUGCAGCGUCCCUUUAAAUUUAAGGCUGGGGCUUUGGGUUGUUUUCUUUCUUUUUUUUUUUUUUUUUAAUUGUUCCUGGGAGUCGAAUUCUGAAACUGAUCCCGCUCGUUCUGCCGUGGCAGCAACGCUGCCUCGGCCGCAGAGCCUUGUAAGGCUGAGCUGCAGCUCGCAGCCAGCCAGCCCCUUGCGACGAGCUGCGGCGUGUGAGCCAGGCGCCGCACGCCCCCUCGCUGGGAACCUCUGCCGUGGCACGGGGGGCCGUCCAUCCAUCCGUCUGUCCGUCCAGCCGUGCCGUCCCGGCCUGCCACAGUGAGGAAAAAAAAAAAAGAAACGCAGAAAAAAACCCCAAACUGUUGAUUUUUGGUGGCGACUGUUCCCAGCUGCUGCGUCCUGCCUCUUCCUCCCAGCGCUUCCCCGUGGUGGUGCGGGGCGAUGCUGAGGGUGCCGGAGGUGGGAUCGGGGCUGGCCUCGUUCACCCCACGGCUGCUUUUCCCCCUCGUUCCCUGCAGAGCAUCUCUGCAGCAUCCCCCGAGCCCCGUGCCGAGGCUCCACACCCCACAUCCCCGUCCCGUACAGGGCAGGGCUGGCAGCAGGGGGAAGUCAGUGCCCGGCUGCGGCGUCCCGGCGGUGUCUCGGCUCCCUUCAGGUUUUGUUUCACUUCUCUGUCCCCUCGGCUCCUGCGGUGUCUCUGUGCAGACACUAUGGGGAUGUGGGGUGACGUGCUGGCUGGGGGGCUCGCUGAGUUUGCUCUCCUUCCCCUCUGCAGCACCUGCAUCCCUAAUUUGGGGGAAGGAGCACCAGCUCGCGAGCCACCAGCACCCAAACGCAUCACAGAGCCCGUUUUCCCGGAGGACUUUUGGCCAAGUUGGCAUUUUGCUUGCUGCUGUUGACAAAACCCCGGCCGCUUGGGAAAUUUCUCCCCUCCGGCCCCAGGACGCAGCCGCUGGGGCUGGCGUUUGGGGACGGUGCCGGGAGGAGCCGGUGCUGGACCCCGCGGCUGCUUUCCAGCCUGCAAGUUGGGAAAAAGCCGAAUUAAAGUUGCCUGGCAACCCUCAUCCCGGCUGCCCUCGCCGGGCACCGCGGGAUCUCGCAGGAUUUCGCAGCCUCUCUCAAACCGGGGACGCGCUCGCGGCUCCUCGCUUCUGCUGGGCUCCCCUCGCCCGUCCCCGUGCCCGCAGCUGCAGGGCUCCGAGGCGUUUGCUGCCCUGCAGAGCGUGGAUUUGGGAUGUUGGGGGAGGCCUCGGGUGCGCUCCCUGCCUCGUCCCGCUCCUCGGGCAGCCCCCAAAGCUCCCCACGUGCCCGUGUUGCUGCUCGAUGUGGGCAUUUUAAGGAGCCGAGGACCGGGCCGGCUCGUCUGGGUGUGCUGCGCAGAGCGGAGGCUGCCCCAGCCACGCUCCAGUUGUGACCCAGUAAACCCAGUCCGACCUGACCAGGGCUGGCUGCCGGUGACACCCUGCUCUUCCUCCAGCACCGCCCGGCAGCUGGGGGCGUUUUUGGGGUCCCCCUGCCCGCAUUGUCCCCGUGCCUGGCACGGGGAGUGCAGCUGAUGCCUGACCUCCAGCACCGGAGCAUCCUAAAGGUGCCGGGUGGUUUUCCCCUCAAAUCCCAGGUUUCAGCAGAGCUGCCGCCGCCUCCUCUCUCCCUUUUGUCUCCCUCCCGUGGAGAAAUCUCUCCGUGGCGUUCCUCCUUCUGCCUCUUCCCCUUUUCUGACGGGAAAGCCGUGUGCGUCCUGUGGCCCUGAGCUCUCUGCCCCUGGCACGGAGCCUGAGCUUGGGCUUUGCUUUUUGGGGAGCAGCGGGGCCGGGUGAGCCUGGCGUGGUGAUCCGAGGAGAACCAGGGAUGCUCUCAGCUCUUUCCUCCUCCUUCCCCCAUCCCCAGGUGUUAAAAAAAAACCUCACACACUAAAAUAAAUAAAAAAAGAACACCUCGAAACAGCCCUACCCAGGGAGUAAAACAUUAACCAGCCCUUGGAGCGCAGCGAUUCAUUUCCUUCGGGACAAAGUUAACAGCGGAGCGGGGCCGAAGGAGCCUUUGCACAUGGGCGCAGCCGCUGGGCUGGAACAGCCUCGUGCGCCCCGGCCCUGCCUCGAGCCCUGGCGGCGCUGGCGCGGGGAGGGUCCCGGGGAGCCCGUCCCCAGCAGUGGCUCUGCCGGGCCCCCCCAGCCCGGGGGCCAGCCUCGCCGGGGGCCGGGGAAGAUGCUCGGGGGCACGCUGAGGGUCCUGGCUGCCCUCCUGGUGGCUGCGGUCAUGGGCUACCCGUCCCGGCGCUCCGCCACCGACCUGGAUGCCACCCCCAGGACGACGGUCACCUUUGAGGAGCUCUCCGAGGUGCGGCGUUUCAGCGGGCACAGCCUGAACUACACCACGCUGCUGCUGGAGGACGAGCGGGGCAUCCUCUACGUGGGGGCCCGCGGGGCCAUCUUCGCCCUCAACGCCAGCAACGUGGCUGACGGCUCGCACCGCACGAUCCACUGGGAAGCAUCCCCGGAGAAGCAGCUGGACUGCCUGCAGAAGGGCAGAAACAACAAGACCGAGUGCUUCAACCACGUGCGGUUCCUGCAGAGGCUCAACAGCACGCACCUCUACACCUGUGGCACCUAUGCCUUCCACCCUCUCUGCGCUGCCAUCGACGCCGACAGGUUCACGCUGCCCGCCCGCUUGGAGGAAGGCAAGGAGAAGUGCCCCUACGACCCCUCCCGCGGCUACACCGGCCUCAUCGUGGAUGGUGGCUUGUACACGGCCACACGCUACGAAUUUCGGAGCCUUCCCGACAUCCGCAGGAACCUGCACCAGCGGCCGCUGAAGAUGGAGGAGUCCCCGCUGCACUGGCUGAACGACGCUGACUUUGUGGCCUCUGUGCUGGUCCGGGAGAGCAAGGACAGCCCCGUGGGGGACGAUGACAAAAUCUACUACUUCUUCACGGAGCGGGCGGGCGAGGAGACCACCUCCUUCUUCGACAAGAGCCAGGUGGCCCGCGUGGCCCGGGUGGCCCGCGUCUGCAAGAGUGACGUGGGGGGGAAGAAGAUCCUGCAGCGCAAGUGGACGUCCUUCAUGAAGGCCCGCCUGGUGUGCUACAUCCCCUACUACGAGGUGCUGCGCAGCGUCUGCAGCCUGGACGGGGGCGGCUGGGCCAGCACCGUCUUCUACGCCGCCUUCACCCUCUCGGCGCAGUGGAGGACGAUGGAAGCGUCGGCCGUGUGCCGCUACAACAUCUCCGAGGUGCAGCGCGCCUUCGAGGGCCCCUACAUGGAGUACCAGGACUCCUCUCGCAAGUGGUCCCGCUACGACGGCGCCGUGCCCGAGCCCCGGCCCGGCUCCUGCAUCACGGACAGCUCCCGCAGGAAGGGCUUCAACUCGUCGCAGGACCUGCCCAACAGCGUGCUGGACUUCGUCAAGCUGCACCCGCUGAUGUUCGAGGAGGUGCAGCCGGCGGGCGGCGAGCCGCUGCUGGUCAAGAGGAGCGUGGCCUACAGCCGCCUGGCCGUGGACCGCGUGCGGGCCCUCGACGGGCGCCCCUACGACGUGCUCUUCAUGGGGACGGGGGACGGCUGGCUGCACAAGGCCGUGGUGCUGGACUCCGGCGUGCACAUCAUCGAGGAGGUGCAGCUGUUCGGGGAGCCGCAGCCCGUGGAGACCCUGGUGGUCUCCCGCAAGCAGAGGAGCCUGUACGUGGGGGCAGCCAGCGGGGUCCUGCAGGUGCCCCUGGCCUCCUGUGCCAGGUACACCUCCUGCUACGACUGCAUCCUCGCCCGGGACCCCUACUGCGCCUGGGACGGCCGGGCUUGCCGUGACACGGCCAACAGGGACAGCACGGGGCUGGUGCAGGACGUGCAGGGCGGCAACGCGGGAUGCCGGAGCGGCUCUGGGCGCAGCUCCUUGCCGUGGAAGAACCGGACGGUGCUGCGUGGGGACGACGUGCUGCUGCCCUGCGACCAGCGCUCCAACCUGGCGCGGGCCGUGUGGCUGCUGAACGGCAGCGAGGUGCCGGGCGCGGGGCAGGAGCGGCUGCGCGUGGGGGUGGACGGGCUGCUGGUGACCGACACGCUGCCGGAGCACGGCGGCGAGUACCGCUGCUACGGCGAGGAGCGAGGUCUGCGGACGCUGCUGGCCGCCUACAGCCUCAGCGUGCUGCCCGAGCUGCCCCGCGCCGCCGCCACCGCCGCCAGCACCGAGCCGCACGCCGCCUCCCGGCUGGCCGGCGACGCCAAGGUGGCUUACGUCUCCACCAUCGUGGUGCUGGUGGUGCUGUGCGCCGUGCUGGCCAUCGUCCUGCUCUACGUGUCCUGCCUGGAGAAGCGCAAGGGCAAGUACGUCCUGGGCGAGCCGCGGGCCGCCAACGCCGAGCUGCAGACGGUGUCGGCCAGCUGCCUGCGCAAGGGCCGCAAGGAAGAGGAGGAGGAGGAGGAGGAUGAAGAGCGGCUCGCUUACCCCGACGGCUGCCUGCGCAUCAUCCCCGGCGAGGCGCCCACGGCCGCCACCUCGCCGGUCAAGGAGCUGCCGGCGGUGGUGCCGCCGCCGCCGCUACCGCCGCCGCCGCCGCUGCUGCUGCCCUCGGAGCUGACCAACGGGGUGGGCGCCCUGCCCAGCGUCCUGCGCAAGAUGAACGGCAACAGCUACAUGCUGCUGCAGCAGGACGAGCCCCUGGCGUCGCCGCUCUUGCAGGCCUCCUUCACCGAGGAGCUCAGCAAGAUCCUGGAGAAGAGGAAACACACGCAGCUGGUGGAGAAGCUGGACGAGAGCUCCGUGUAGGGGCCGGAGGGGAGUCACCCCCCCCCGGCCCCUUUUCCCACCCCCCUUGCCAGCAGUGUUACGAGACUCAGGUGGAAACUACCUCCGGGACCGCCAGUGUUGGGCCGGGCCCAGCCUCGUCGGUUCCUUCG